CGCGUCCUGAGUCACCAUGGAAACGGGGCCCAGUGCCGAUCCAAGCUUCAAAAGGGAAUCCCCUGAAAUUUGCUUGCCCGGAUUACUGGUGUUCUCUGGCUGCUCAGAGCAGGAUGCCAACUUGGCUAAGCAGUUCUGGCUCCGGGCAUCCAUGUAUCCCCCUAUCGAAUCUCAGCUUGUACUGACAAGAGGCAGCAGUCAGCGUCUGCCAGUGGCGGGGACCUCUAAGAGUCUUGUGUCAGAGAAAAGUUCUGCCCAGCCCCUUCCCCUUGAUCAUAACAAAGAAACAAGUGUCUUUGCUAAAGCCCUACAGAUUCAGGAAUCUGAGGAGAAAGCAAAGUAUCUACAAAAGGCUAAAAAGAGAGAUGAGAUUCUCCAACUUUUAAGAAAACAGAGAGAAGACAGGAUCUCGAAAGAACUGAUUUCAUUACCUUAUAAAGUUAAGGCCAAAGUACCUGAAGCAAAGCAUGUGUCACCAGAGUUAGAUAAAAAGGAGGAGGAAGAAGUUAAAGCCUUGGAAUGAUUUGAUUGACAUGUGGUAGAGGAUGACUGACACCUAUCUUCACUUCUAAAGCUAGUGUUCCUUACAUCAGGGUUACUAGAUGG